GAAGUCUCGGAAACAGGUCGGGAGCUUGGGAUAUUGCUAGUUGAAGUCCCAGAAACAGAUCGGGAGCUUGGGACAUUGGUAGUUGAAGUCCCAGAAACAGGUCGGGAGCUUGGGCCAUUAGCGGUUGAAGUCCCAGAAACAGGUCGGGAGCUUGGGCCAUUAGCGGUUGAAGUCCCAGAAACAGGUCGGGAGCUUGGGACAUUAGCAGUUGAAGUCCCACCAACAGGUCGGGAGAUUGGGCCAUUGCUAGUUGAAGUCCCACCAACAGGUCGGGAGAUUGCACCAUUAGCAGCUGAGUCCCCAACAACAGAUCGGGAAAUA